CAGGGCCCCCCACCCCGUCUUGCCGCGCAGCACCUCGCGGCGCCGCGCCACCAACCCUCCCUGGAGCACGGGCGCCCUCAGCCGCGGCCCAGCGCCGCGACGGUCUCCUCCCCCCCGCCCUCACGCAAGCGGCGUCGGGGCACGUGGCCCAGCCCAGGCCGGGGGCGGAGACAGAAAGCCCGGCCUUGAGUCGCUCGCUUGGACGUGCCGCCAUGCUGCUGCUUUCGCUGCUGGGCAGCCGCCCCCUCCUCAGGCCGGCCUUCCUCGCCCUUGUGCUCCUGGUCGUGGUCCCGGGCCCUGUGCGGCCCAUCUCCUUUCAGCUGCCGGGCAAGGCCCGCAAGUGCCUGCGGGAGGAGAUCCACCGCGACACGUUAGUCACCGGCGAGUAUGAAGUCGCUCCCCCUCCGGGCUCCUCCAGCGGCCCGUCCGCCAAUCUCAAGAUUACUGACUCGGCUGGACACAUUCUCUAUUCGAAGGAGGAUGCUACAAAGGGCAAAUUUGCUUUUACCACAGAAGACUAUGAUAUGUUUGAGGCAUGCUUUGAGAGCAAGCUUCCUGUGGGAACAGGGCGGAUGCCAGACCAGCUCGUGACCUUGAACAUGAAGCACGGAGUGGAAGCAAAGAACUAUGAGGAGAUUGCCAAAGUAGAAAAGCUGAAGCCGCUAGAGCUGGAGCUGAGACGGCUGGAGGAUCUUUCAGAAUCUGUUGUUAACGACUUUGCCUACAUGAAGAAGCGGGAAGAGGAGAUGAGGGACACCAAUGAGUCAACCAAUAUCCGGGUACUAUACUUCAGUAUCUUCUCAAUGUUCUGCCUCAUUGGACUGGCUACAUGGCAGGUCUUCUACCUGCGCCGUUUCUUCAAGGCCAAGAAACUGAUUGAGUAGAGGAAAGGGUCGUUUUCCCUGUGUUUUUUAAACCCUGGAAAGAACAGCACGGAGAUCCAACUAUGGCUGCUCAGAGCCACCUUAGAGUUUACCUGCCAAAUGGAACUUUUCUCCACAAGUUGGCCCACAAGGGGAGGGAGGGAAAUGUUGGCACAGAAAACAAGGAGGCUUCUGAACUUUUCUUAAAGAGUUCAGAGGGGGGGUUGGGGGACUCAUGGAUAGGGAUGAAAUAAAAUUGUCUUGGACAGCUGCGGUUGGCUUCUGAGCUGUCUUUUCUCUCCCCCUCAGCUACGAUUAGGUGGCCUCAACCCAUAUGUCACUGUACUGAUCUUCAAAGACAGUUGAAUACACUGAAUUUUGUUAUACUUGCAACAGUCUAUCAGCUAUUUUGGGAGGGAAUGGCUCUGAUGGGCUGGAAGUCAGCCUUCAUAGAAGCAGCGCUUGUUGCAAAAUAAUCAAUAUCUGCAAUUCUGGGAUAAAGAAGAAACUACCCAUGGUGACUGUCUGACAAAUAUUUGAUAGUGCUAUUAGCAGGGGUGGAAAGGGUGUGAGCAAAAUAAAUGGCUCAUAUUGCUAGGUUACAAAAGAAAGGCUCAAUAUACAGACAUUGAACUCCUAUUCUCAUCCUAUCCCAUUCUCUGAUAAAAUUGCUUCUCUUGUUCUGGAAUGGUAGAGUUCUUGAAAGCACCUUGGAUACUGUGAAAGGCUGUUUGGCUAAUGAUAAGAAGCAUCUGCCACCUGCAUACUUGAAAUCUGUGCUCAAGGUCAUGUCUACGGAGGGGGAUCUAUCCUGCCUUCCAUUCCUCUCACAUAAUUGCCCGUGUAAAGCUCUGACAUCUGCCAAAGAUAAAAGUAAAAUUUCUACUUGGUCAGUGUCAGACUUGCAUUAUGACAAACUAAAUCGAGCUGCAGCCAGAUGUAUGUAGCCCAGCAUCCACACACGUUAGUGUGGAUGCAUAAUGGCAGGAAGAUCAGCCAGUGGGAGAGGAUUAAAUGAGCUGUAGUUUCAUUGUAAAAUGAGUUCCUGAGCUUAACCAGUUUCAGAGUUUAUAGAAGUGGCAAAAACAUUUUAUGCCAGCCAUAAGAAAUCGGUUGAUUUCAUAUGACCAGCACAACAGUUGUUUAGCUUCAUUGGGUAAAAAAGGGUUCUGAAAGAAGCUUCUUGUUUCCAGAAACAUUUAUCUGCUGUUUGAAUCUUAAAUGUUACCCAAACACAUAAAAGGCAAAGAUUGAGAGAGAUGUCCUCCCUGUCUCCAAAGAUGCCAGGUUUCAGAUCAGUAUAACUCAAGGAUGUAAUUCAGUAUAAAGGACUACAUUGAUGUGACAUUGGGCUGUUUUGUGUAUGUAUUCAUCUUUGUUUCUUCCCUUCAAAAUCAGUGUUGUGAGUUUUGCCCCAGUAGUUCAGUGUUGCUUUUAAAUUCAGAUCCCAGGACUCUCCAUUUUAUCUUUUUAAAACAUUUGGAAGCUGUCACAAUUCCCCUUAUUUGAAUCCAGUAGCAAGUCUGCUAGCAUCUAAUGGGGAAAAUAUUUUUGGAAGUGGAAACUUACUGCCCUUUUCCUUCCAUUUGCCACUUUGUUGCCAUUCAAGAAUUAUUACUUUUUUGAUAAAGUGAUGACUUGAUGAUCAUGAGAACUUCACCUUGAUGUAGCUUGACCUGACUGUACUCCUAACGUGUGUGGUAUAACUGAUGCUAAGCAGAAGAGGCCGUGGAAACCUGUACAGAUUUAUCUCUAACAGGUUGGGGAUUUGUCACUUUCCUCAAUAAAUAUUUUUUUGGGAAAAUA